CUCAAAUACAUCGUGGUGUAGCGAGACAGCCUCAGGCAGCGCCUUUCCGGUCCACCAAGCGAGGUCUGGUACUUCCUUCUGUUAUUUCUAUGUCUUCAGUAUCGGAUGCGGAAUACGCUUUCGUUUUGCAGGUCUACACGUAUUCUGGCUUAGCGCUGCUUCUGUACGAUACACUGCUCACUUUUGAUCGUGAGAUGCGCUUCAUAUGGGUUCGCGGGCGAGCCCUUAUGACUGUGCUACUUGUGGCUAUCCGAUAUGGUCAGGUCGCCAGUCUUAUUCUGAAUCUAUUAGCGUUCGAUUUCGGCCCGUCAUCCGCUCAGGUGUGUACAACGCUCAGCGUGAUAUCCACGAUCACUUUAGUGAUCCCUUACUUGGGCUGGUCAGUUUUCCUGGGAUGGAGAGCAUACGCACUGUCCGCUCGCAAUAGUCUCGUUGCCUUGUUUGCUUUCCUAUGCAGUGUCUCAUUUGCAGUUCCAUCUCUGGUCCCGCUGUUUGGAGCUCCAGCAAAAUAUGUCAUUGGGGAUAUACCCGGUUGUUUCUCCGAUUUGACUACGAUUCGCCCUUUGCUGACACUACUGUUGGGUGUAUCACGACCUCUGGCUUUGGUGGCCGAUUUGGUCGUUCUGGUUUUGACUUGCCUCAAGACACGUAGGGAAUGGCUCUCGUCGAAGACCGUCAAUCCUAGAGCUUCUCUUGCUAACGCUUUGUUUGUGAAUGGGGUCAUUUUUGUCUCCUUGACAACAUGCAUGCAUGUCAUCGCUAUGAUAGCGGCAUUGGACGAGGCGCUGAGCACUAGCAAAUUUGGGCAGUUCAGCCUCCUCAGAGAUGUCUUCGUGUCCAUCGUUCUCUCACGGUUCAUUCUGGAUCUUGCUGCUGUCGGGCCAGAAAAGGAAGGGGCGACCCCUGCACCUCAAGAUGUCCUCACAACGCAUUGGACGCACGACGGGUCUGACGUUCUCUCUUUAUAUUCUCUUGAAGAGGAUUACAACGGGAGAGGAUUCGACAAGGAUUUUGAAGACAGCGACUUUGAGGCCUCCCAUGUAGCAGGAGUAUGAGACGGAUCAAUCCGGGGCUUCCGAAAGCCCGCAACAUGGCUCAGCAUCGAGGACCUACUCCACAAGGCAUCGCCUCCUGCCGCUCAUUAAAGGUCCCACUCAUUUACGUAGCAUAAAAUGACAUUUUGUGAUAAACUCCGUCCAUACCCGUCAGGAUGGGCUGCACUAUCUUCCACCACUUACGCUCCC